AUGUCGCCAAGGGAGUGGAUCCACGAUGUCGGCAAUGGUCCUUUCAUCGGGGUCAUGAUUUUCAUUGUGGCGAUCACGGCUGGAUCCGUGCUCUUUGCCAAGUACUGUGUCGGGGACAAGGCGUUUAUGCGCACUGGCUAUGACUUUGAAGGCUAUGUGAUGCGCAAGUGCCCCGUUUGUGUUGGCCUUCCCAAACGAACACAUCCCCAUGUAAUGGAGGUAGGCCCUCUUGAGAUUGAGAUUGGGGUUGUGACCGUAGAAGGGGCAUCAGAGCCCCCUGCUCGUCCUGCUGCUGCAUCAUCUGCUCCUCCUCCUUCUGCUGCUACACCUGCUCCUCCUCCUCCUGCUGUAGCAGUAGCAGUACCAGUAGCAGCCAAGGAAGAGGGAGGAGGAAGAUGA